AUAAGAAGUCAGCACACUGAGAUAUCAGCCUGGUCUCCGGGGAACACUCCUGAGGCUCACAGCUGAGUGAUCCAGGGCCUUGACGUGAUUCAAGGAGCUUCUAGGAAGUAAAAGGAUAAAGUCCACUUGGAGGGGGCUUGGAGCAAUAAUCAACAGAUUUAAAAGUGUGCUCGAGGCUGAUCAGAGGUUUUAUAUCCAAAGAGGUAUUGAAUUUGGCACUGGCCAGAAAGUUCCUGAGAGCAGCAAUUUUGUACCAUUUCCUCAAAAAAUGGAGAGCAGAGACAAAGCUGAGACAAUCAGGAAUGAAAAAGUUGUGAACUGCUUAUACCAGAAUCGUAAUGCACUUUUUAGGCUGGUUUGCUUUCCUUGGGGAGGAGGUGGCUCCACUUUCUUUGCCAAAUGGGGCCAAGAUAUUCCUAAUUCCGUGGAAGUGCAUGCCAUACGGCUUGCUGGAAGAGAAAGUCGGCUUGACGAACUUUUUGCAAGUGACAUGCAUCAGGUGGUUGAUGAAAUUACCUGUGCCCUACUGCCGAUCAUCCAGGGUGAAAAUUUUGCAUUUUUUGGCCACAGUAUGGGAUCUUAUACUGCAUUUUUUACUGCGCUACAUCUCAAAGAAAAAUAUAAUCUAGAACCGGUACAUUUAUUUGUGUCAAGUAUAAGCCCUCCUCAUGCCCAACUUCGUUUCCUCAAAGAUGAUAUGUGUGACGAACAAACUGCCUUUUUACUAAAGAAAAUGGGAGGCAUUCCUGAGGAUUUUGUUGGUGAUGAGGAACUGAGUCAAGAAUCUGUUACCAAAGUGUUAGCAGAUCUUCACAUUUUGAAAGAUGUCAUCUGUGACACACACUCGAAGACUCGUCUUUCUUGUGACAUAACAUGCUUUUCUGGAUCUGAAGAUAUACCAGUGGAUAUGGAAGCCUGGAAAGAUGUAACCAGUGGAAAUUUUGACAGUUUUGUGCUUCCAGGACACCACUUCUAUCUUCUGGAACCUUCCAACACAAGCUUCAUCAAGAAAUACAUAACCAAGUCUCUAGAAAUAUCAGCGCUUGCCUCUUGACAGAUAACCUCCCCUUCUUGGUCUUAAAACAGUCCCAUUGAUCAUGUGAUACUCUUCUUCGGUUUUUCAGAGUAGCUUAGGAGUUUGUUUCAGAGAUUGGAAAAUGAUCAAUUUGCUGCUGUCAGGGUGAUGUGUUAUCUACAAAUGUAUUUCCCCACAGAGCAUUUACAUAUCUGGGGGAUGCAAGAUGAAUGGGUCAAGAAUACUUUCGGGAGGGUCUUUUUUCUUUGUAUUAGAAUCACAUUUGGGUCUCAUCUGUGGAAGGUUUGUCAAUGAAGUUCCUGCUUGGGCAAUGAUUCGUUUCUUCCUUUCGGUUAUUCUGACAGUGAAAAUCACAGACAGGGGAAGUGCUUGAAAUGAAAUGACUGUUUCAUUAACACACUGGGGCCCAAAGCCUGAUCUCAUCUUUUGAAAUAUAGGGUUGCCCCAAUCAAUGAGGAAAUGUUAAAAUAAGAUAGCCCUGAAUAAUCAUUGCUGCCUGUCCUGGCAAGUCCCUGGAAUGCCCGUAGCCUUCUUAGGUUCUCUUCUAAGGGGUUCCUCUGACCUGGACUGCUUGCUAUCUCUGUGUGUUCCCGCUGCUGUUCAGGCAAUGACCAACUGGGACUCAGGGUGACUGUCUGGAGUCUAGUCCUCAGUGUACAGAGGGUCAGGCACAAAUGCCAGACCCAGCAGGCUGCCUCAGCUUCAUGUGUGAUCAUCUGAAUCAGACAGAGAAAGCAAGCACACCAGUUGGAAACAUACAGGAAAGAAAAGGGAAAAAAUUAAGUAGGAGAAUGAUCUGAGUCAGAGCAACGGCAGACCACCACUGGUAGGAUUCACAGAUGCCUACUGCCCGGGAUGGAGAGGCACCAUAUCCCCAGGGCUACAUGGGUCCUGCCAUCUCUGCCGAGGCCCAAACCAUGUUUGUCUCUUGGAAUCCUGGCUGUUUAAUUGGCACCUUGAUUUGUUAUCUCCCUUGGUUCUUCACAAUAAAGCCCC